UCUGGAAAUUCACACUUUUGGAUUCACCAAACACAAUCCUCAGUCAAGAUGAUAUACGUUUCAGGACUUGUUGUCUUUCUGCUGGCACUGACAGCUGAGGCCCAAGAAGUAGACCCUGCUCAAAAUUGGAUGUAUGAUCUGCUUUCUACAAAUGACAAUUAUGAGGUCCGUCAGUACAAUCCUGCAACUUGGGUUUCAACUAAUUCAUCCAUGUUCGGUGAUUUCGAUGACUCGGUCCAAAAAUUAAUGGAGUAUUUCAACGGUGCCAACGCUGAUGGAACAACAUUUGACAUGGUAUCUCCUCUGAUUAUGACAAUACCUGACAACAGUUCUCUGGAAAGUGAAAUCAUGUGGAGUUUCUUGCUGCCGUCUUUAUUUUCACAACCUCCCGCUCCUCAUGAUGAUUCGCUGUUCCUCACUGACACGACCUCCAUGACAGUGUUAGCGCUAAGUUCCAUGUUCAACAACAACAACAAGUUUGACAUUGAAAAAAUGAUCAGUGACGACUUCGCUCUUCAAUCGAUCGUUGACUCAGUUGGUGCAUUUGAGACACAGGAAUUCUAUGCUGCAUUCUUCAAUCCUCUCACAUCUUCUCAAGGGGCAAAUGAGCUGUGGUUUCUUGCUCCUAUGAACCCGUUUGGACUACCUUGAAAAGUAUAAGCAAUGAAGACUUUAACCCACCUUGUUUGAUGGAUUUGUGUUGUAUUCAAUAAAGUUUAUCUCAGCACA